AAAAAGCCUUCAUUUGAGGAAACAUCAUCAGCCUCUCCUCAGGAUACAGUGAAGCGCAAGUUAAAUACAAAGGUCUGGGUGCUUCUCAAGCAACCACCGGUACGUUAGGGUUUUUGAAUUAUUAAGAGGAAAACCGCAGGAGCGAAAAUAACCCAACUCAUCAUAGCCAUUCGGUUGUGUUUUCUGUGUCUAGUGUCGUUUCCUACUGGAUACAAUAUGAGUUUUUCAUCUAGUUCAGGCUCAGGCGGAAACUUUCCGCACGACAUCACAAGCAAACAGGGCCUCACCGAUUUAUACAACUCUGGAGUGACUAAAGUAGAACACGUGACCAGACCCAUUGAGGGGUCGGGAGGGUUUUUUGGUAGGAAACACUCUGGUGUAGUGGUGACAUCUGACAGCAGUGACCGCUGGUUAGUGCAUAAGGGCCCAGGAUACGGAGACUCAAGUGAAACGGUUGUUACAAAUGCCAAGCACAUGAGUGGAGACUGGCAGUCGGGAGGUGUCCAGUCCGUGAAGCCUGGGACUAGGGUGGCUGAUUACGUCAAAGCAGGGGGGUCCGAUUACAACUUAGCCUUUGACAACUGUCACGAUGCUUCCAGAAGAAUGAUGAAGGAGGCAAUGAAAGAUCGCUAAAUGAUAUAUAACAAUGAGAUCUUGAUUUCCGGAGACGUUCCAAAUUUUGUUGCACUUCAGCUUGCUUUACAGCUCCAAUUAUGAGAUCUCUUAAAAUUGAAUUUGUCAUGAAUAAUAAUCAUUUGGUAAUGUGUUCCAUUAGAUUAAGAUUUUUCUCUCGCUGACUGAUUCUAGGAAUUAUGAAUUGUUUUGCUCGAUGAAGUGUUGCGGAAAGUUGACAACCGUCGGUUUAAUGAAGCAUCUUCUAUGAUAAAAACAAAUUUCAACAGCUUAACGCGUUAGACAUUUUUAGGCUCUAGUGUAAAUGAGGCAUUAGACGUUGGGAAUAACAAAACGUGUUUGUCGAGGUUUUUCUGAAUUAUCAUUAUGGUUAGGUAUGAAAUAACUCAUCAGUGUAACGCGAACCCAAGAUCAAAUAAAAUAUAUCUUUCUUUAC